AUGGCACAAAUAAUAAAAAAACACAACAGGAAGCCACACCAAUCUUACGCAAUCCUUCUUUAUUCUCCAAUCUCACGCAAUCCUUCUUCAUUCUCCAACCUCACGCAAUCCUUCUUCAUUCUCCAACCUCACGCAAUCCUUCUUCAUUCUACAAUCUCACGCAAUCCUUCUUCAUUCUCCAACCUCACGCAAUCCUUCUUUAUUCUCCAAUCUCACGCAAUCCUUCUUUAUUCUCCAAUCUCACGCAAUCCUUCUUCAUUCUCCAAUCUCACGCAAUCCUUAUUCUCCAAUCUCACGCAAACCUUCUUCAUUCUCCAAUCUCACGCAAUCCUUCUUUAUUCUCCAACCUCACACAAUCCUUCUUUAUUCUCAAUCUCACGCAAUCCUUAUUCUCCAAUCUCACGCAAUCCUUAUUCUCCAAUCUCACGCAAUCCUUCUUCAUUCUCCAAUCUCACGCAAUCCUUCUUCAUUCUCCAACCUCACGCAAUCCUUCUUUAUUCUCCAACCUCACGCAAUCCUUCUUUAUUCUCCAACCUCACGCAAUCCUUCUUUAUUCUCCAAUCUCACGCAAUCCUUAUUCUCCAAUCUCACGCAAUCCUUCUUCAUUCUCCAAUCUCACGCAAUCCUUCUUCAUUCUCCAACCUCACGCAAUCCUUCUUUAUUCUCCCUCACGCAAUCCUUCUUUAUUCUCCAAUCUCCACGCAAUCCUUCUUUAUUCUCCAACCUCACGCAAUCCUUCUUUAUUCUCCAAUCUCACCAAUCCUUAUUCUCCAAUCUCACAAUCCUUCUUUAUUCUCCAAUCUCACGCAAUCCUUAUUCUCAAUCUCACGCAAUCCUUCUUCAUUCUCCAAUCUCACGCAAUCCUUCUUCAUUCUCCAACCUCACGCAAUCCUUCUUUAUUCUCCAACCUCACGCAAUCCUUCUCCAAUCUCACGCAAUCAUUCUCAAUCUCCAACCUCCUUAUUCUCCAAUCUCACGCAAUCCUUCUUUAUUCUCCAACCUCACGCAAUCCUUCUUUAUUCUCCAACCUCUCACGCAAUCCUUCUUUAUUCUCCAAUCUCACGCAAUCCUUCUUCAUUCUCCAAUCUCACGCAAUCCUUCUUUAUUCUCCAAUCUCACGCAAUCCUUCUUUAUUCUCCAAUCUCACGCAAUCCUUCUUUAUUCUCCAAUCUCACGCAAUCCUUCUUCAUUCUCCAACCUCACGCAAUCCUUCUUUAUUCUCCAACCUCACGCAAUCCUUCUUUAUUCUCCAAUCUCACGCAAUCCUUCUUUAUUCUCCAAUCUCACGCAAUCCUUCUUCAUUCUCCAAUCUCACGCAAUCCUUCUUUAUUCUCCAACCUCACACAAUCCUUCUUUAUUCUCCAAUCUCACGCAAUCCUUAUUCUCCAAUCUCACGCAAUCCUUCUUCAUUCUCCAAUCUCACGCAAUCCUUCUUCAUUCUCCAACCUCACGCAAUCCUUCUUUAUUCUCCAACCUCACGCAAUCCUUCUUCAUUCUCCAAUCUCACGCAAUCCUUCUUCAUUCUCCAAUCUCACGCAAUCCUUCUUUAUUCUCCAAUCUCACGCAAUCCUUCUUUAUUCUCCAAUCUCACGCAAUCCUUAUUCUCCAAUCUCACGCAAUCCUUCUUCAUUCUCCAACCUCACACAAUCCUUCUUUAUUCUCUAA